AUGUUUGCCACAGCCACCAGGAACUUUGUGGAUGAGGUGGACCCCGGUGGUUUGUUGAUCCCAGUGAGAAGCCUCAACGACUCCAUUACUCUACUCACUGUGGUGGUGAGCCAAAAACGUUUCUGGUGCUGGCAGAAGCCCAAAUAUAUUCCCACUGACUUCACCCUCAAUGACAUUCUCACAGGAGACACGCCUAUCACUCCAGUUUUAACAGAGAUAGACUUCAUCAAAUACAAUGGGACAUAUGGUGACAACAUUCAAGGGUCGAUGGAUGCCACUUUCAUCCACUCAAACGUGAACGCAGAGGGAAAAGACUCAUCCAAACUGCAGUUCUCAUUUGGCAGUUUGAAGAAAGACGAAGUGGAUGUGCGCAAGCUACUGCAAGACUCUAAAAAAAGUCUUAUAGACAUGUCCCACAGUCUGAUCAAGCAGACUAAGAAGAAACGCCAGGUGUUCGGUGUGGUCAAAGAGCGCAUUGUGACCAGCCAGCCUUGUAGUGUCAUCGAGGAGGUACAGCAGGCGGGGGAGUGUGGUGGGACGCUCAGCCUCUGCGGGCCCAAGAGUCCAAAGGUGUCACUGAAAGACAAUGGCAGCCUAAGCAAAGAUAGCAACGUUACCAUGGAGAUUCCCACUAACACCACCCUGGCCUAUGCCCUCAUUGACCUUGAGGUGAAGCAGGAUGGUCACUAUGAGCUGUGUCUGAUGUCAAACAAGGGGGGCUUUGAGGUGGACAGUCCCACCCAAAAAGGGCUGGUGGGUGUCACUGGAGCUUCUGUUCCAAACAACCCAGAAGUCACCCGACUUGCAGAAGAACUGAAGAAUCUGCAUGCCCAUUUCCAGCUCUUGUCAUCUCUUCCUGCCACCAGCAAGGCUUCUCUGCUCAAAAUCAUGACAGGAAUCAUAGAAGACCAAGCAGCCCUCAGUGCUCUUCAGAGUGUGCUGGACCAGAUGCUUGUUGAUAAGAGCGCAAACAUGGCCGACAUUUCAGAGGCACACAAACAAAGCAUCCAGCCUGUUCUGGAAAUGUUGAAAGAGUUGGAAUGCGGGUCAGAGGGACAGACUGAGCAUUCUGCAUCUCUCCUCAGUGCUCUGCACCUCCUUACGAGUGCACUGGAUGAACUGACUCAUGAUUGUCUUGCAGCGCUGAGAGCCUGCAGCAGUCCUGCUGUGUUAAAAAUCGUAGAGCUUCUGGUACAGUGCUUGUCUGGAAGCGGGGAGUCACCAGCGAGCAACACAAAUGUCGCUGCACUGCCAGAGGACGUGUUGGCGAACUUGGAACAUCUGUUCACCUCAUCUGACGUGAGCUUACUGCGAGACGGUGACACAGCGAGGAUUCAAAUAAACCAGCUGCAAGAGCCAGGAUAUCGCCCACUUAUCAUGUGCAUCGCUCUCAGAGGCCUACACGCACUGGCCCAAUGUGUUUAA